AUGGACGCUAAGAUUAGUUUAUUAUAUAGAGGUGCUUGUUUGGCGAUAUUUGUUUUGUGUAGUGAACCUAAAUUUAAUGGCAAGACAAAAAUCUAAGAUAUCGAAGAGAUCUAGGAAUUUGAAGAAUUGGUUGGAGUCAAAUUUAGGGAUAAUGAAGAUGGAGAUAUAAUUGAAGAAUUGAAUGAGAGAUUUACUAAGAAAUAAAGAGGGAAGGAAAAAAACAAUAAGAAAAUAUAAAAUUACAAAAUGACUGAAAUGAUUGGGCAGAUACUUGUAAUUAUACUAAGGAAAAUUUGGGCUAAUUUUUCAUGUAAAUACAUAAUCAAAUAAUAAUAUAUUUUAUAUCAUACAACAAAAGGAUUGAAGUUUAUUUCAAUUAACUUAGCUAAAAUACCAAGAUUGGCUGAAUGUUAUAGGAUCAAUACAAGUGAAAUGUCUAGGUAAUUGCCGACUGUGAUUCUGUUUGAAGACGGAGAGGAAGCACAAAGAUUUCCUCCAAUUGAUGAAAAAACUAAUAAAAUUCCAAAAAUAUAGAAAUAUGGAAAGAAAGAAUUGCAAAGUUACUUUGAGUAGAGAAACGAUAUCUUGCCCCGCAAGAGAUUUAUUAGUUUAUAUAUAUUCUGUACAUUAACUAUUAUUUAUUCUUCUAUUGAUGAUCGAUACUUUUAUAAUCCUAUGAACUCACUCUCAGAAUCAGAAUAAGACAUGACCUUUUAAAACAAGUCCUCCUUAAUUAGUGAAUAACCUGCUGUUGUAGCAAAAAAAACAGGCACUAUCAUUGAAAAUUCAGUACAAUCACUAGAAAAAAAAACAAUCAACUUUAAAAUAGAAAAUGUUGAUAACUUCAAGGAAGUAAAGUUACCUGAUUAAUCUUUCAAUAAAUAAGUGUAAUAGCCUACUCAAAAUGUCUAGAAGGCUCAACCUCAAGUUAAUUAAAAUGUCAAAGUUCAAAAAACAAUUGACCAGAAGCCUACAGCUGUUGGAAAUUCUAUUGUGGAAUAAACCAAUACAAGUGCCAGGAAGAAACCAAGAAUUUUUGAACCUCUUAAUACAGAUGAAAAAUUAGAGUAGACAUCGUUCUUAAAAGAACUUAAUAGAAUGGCUGGAGAAGAAGCUUAAAAAAAGCAUGUAGAAGUCAAACAAAUUUAAAAUGCUGAGGAUCUAAUAAUUCAAAAGCAAUUAUUUCUAUUCACUAAUUAUAAUGAGAAGAAUGUACAGUAAUACAUUGACAAAGCAAAAGAUUAAGUUAAAAGGUUGCAAAGCUAAUAAGAGCUUUUACUCUAAUUCAAAGAAUACAAUGAUAAAUUAAACGAAAUUGGACCUCAGUGCUUAGAUAAGGAUAUGACUCUGUUAGAUUAAACAUCUGCAGAAAAAAGGAAGCAGAAAUCUAGGGAAGAAUUUAAAUUACUAUAUACUCAAAUAGCUAAAAUGGAGUUGGCAAGUAGAACCGACUAUGAUCAUGAUUGUACUGAGAUGAUCUCAAAUAUGUUGAAGGACAUAGAAAUCAAACUAAAAUUAGAAUUUGCAAUAGAAAAUCUCUCAAGGCUUAAACCUUAACUUUCGUUGCUUAAAAACAAUAGAAAUUUUUAAACCGAAUUUCAGGCUUAUUUGGACUUAAUAAAAUAAUCUUAGAAAUACGAAUCAGAAAAAUUGAAGCCCUAGUUAGAAUUAAUGAAAUCAAGUCUUAAGAUAAGAGCAUAAAAGAUUUUUUAAUAGAUAAAUUGA